AUGGAUAUCGUUGCGUCGCCUACGUCCACGUCGGCGGAGGAAGGUGUCCCCCUUCCCAUGAGCAACACUCAGCCCCGCGAUUUGGUGCAGUCACAUGGAAAUCCCGGCGACGAAAGCACCAACGCUUCCACUCCCACCAAGCCCCCGAUAGUCAAACACUUGUCCAGUCCUGAAUAUAGUACGCCAUCGCGCCACCACCGUCGCACCCCCUCCUCUGCAAGGCAGGUCAAGGAAUCCCUCAAUGCACGAUCCGAAUAUGUCACCAGCAAGGAUGACGGAGUUGCGGAACAUCGUAUCAAUCAAUAUGUUAUCAAGCAAGAAAUAGGCCGUGGGUCGUUUGGGGCAGUCCAUUUGGCUAUCGAUCAGUAUGGCAAGGAAUAUGCCGUCAAAGAGUUCUCCAAAGCCCGACUCCGCAAGCGAGCCCAGUCACACAUCCUCAGGAAACCACUCUCUCAGCGACGCCGUGGAGCCCUGCAAGGUUUCAACUCUCCGCUACACCGCGGGUUUGGCAACGAUGGAGACUCCAAAUCAAGUCCAAUAAAUCUCAUCAAGGAAGAGAUCGCUAUCAUGAAGAAACUGAACCACCCGAAUCUGGUGUCGCUCAUUGAAGUGUUGGAUGAUCCGUCAGAAGACUCGCUGUAUAUGGUUUUGGAGAUGUGCAAGAAGGGCGUCGUUAUGAAGGUCGGCCUGGAUGAGAGAGCAGAUCCAUACCCGGACCAUGUGUGCAGGUACUGGUUUCGGGACCUGAUUCUUGGAAUCGAAUAUCUGCACGCCCAAGGCGUGGUACACCGUGAUAUCAAGCCCGACAACUGCCUGGUCACCGAGGACGAUGUGCUCAAGGUGGUCGAUUUUGGUGUUUCCGAAAUGUUCGCCAAAGAUUCGGAAAUGCUUACUGCCAAAUCUGCAGGGAGUCCAGCAUUUCUCCCGCCUGAACUUUGUGUUGCUCGCCAUGGCGAUGUCUCAGGGCGAGCAGCGGACAUCUGGUCGAUGGGUGUGACGUUGUACUGUUUGAAGUUUGGACGGAUUCCAUUCGAGAAGACCCAGAUUUUCGCGCUCUACGAGGCAAUAAAGACCGAAGAGCCCAACUUAGACGAAGAACCAAAUGAGGACUUUCGGGAUUUGAUGAGACGGAUACUCGAGAAAGACCCUCAGAAACGUAUCAAGAUGCGGGAGUUGAGGGAACACCCCUGGGUUACGAAAAAGGGCGAAGACACGCUACUCUCGGAAGAAGAAAACACCUCCGACCUUGUCGAACCCCCGACCGAAGCUGAGAUGAAUGCGGCGAUCACUGACAACAUGAGAAAUCUUAUGACGGUCGUGAAAGCCGUCAACAAAUUCAAGGCUUUGAUUGGGAAAGAUAAGUCCCGUGCAAUAACCUCCAUAUUGGGUGAGCAAGGAGGUGCACGUUUUUCUCAACCUCCCACAAGCAUGCCCACAGAAGGCACGCCGCUGCCUCUGAAAUCGCACAGCUUCAAUGUGUUUGGCCAGGAGCGCUCAGAAGAGUCACAGCAAAUAGAUAGGAUCUCCGAAGACGUGAACAAACUGAAAGUACGACCAAUACCUACUCUAAGCAUAGACGACACUACGAAGGCCGAAGAAUCGAACGGAGGCGGAUCAGGAAAGGUUCCCUUGAGCCACGCGAGUACUGCCGCAGAUGAAGCGAUGUCGAGGAUGGAGACCAUCGCAGAAAUUGAGCAGCUCGACCCGGACAAAUUACCGCCUUUCCGAUCACUUAAACCUCAUGCAUAUACCAUUGACGACACCGGCCACAAGGGCCAUGCCCACGACCCAUUAGAAGACAAGCUGUACCUCUUCAUAGGCCCAUCGACUUUUUCUGGCACCAGCAGUAUGACGGACGACGACAGCACAUUUAUUCCCAGUGGUGACGGCGUACCAAUUGUCAGCGAAAGCCCCGGCGCAGCGGAUGUGGACAUUUACGAAACCGCCUACCGAGACGAAAUUGAGAGGAUAAUGGCUCGGGCGAAAGAGGAGCAGAAGGAGCCGAAUGUCUAUCUGACAAGACGCGUAGAUGCGAGGUUGAUGGCUAUCAGUGGUUUGGCAGGCAAAUGGGCGGCUAAGGGCGAAGAAGCCAAAAACCAAAUCAAGGACUAUACUCAGUUUUCUACUCGAAAAGCACGGGUAACCGAGGUCAGCCGCGCACUUCGACAAGCAGCCAGAGAGGAGUACGAACGGAGAAGACAAGAACAUCGGGAGUGGAUUGCAGCCGAAAAGGCAGACCGCGCCAAAGCGAAAGAGGAGGAUACUUCCAGGCCAAUCUCCUCUGCAUCACCACCUCUGGGAGCUGGGAGCGAAGUAGAAGAGCCCGCGGGUGGUAGUCCACAAUCGCCCGGCAGGCACUCCACGAUGUGGAAAGGUAAGGCAGUAGAUGCGGGACGACAAGCCAGAACCUCCCUCAUGGGUUUCGUGGAUUUGGUGAAGAGCAAAAGCCGAACACGAUCAAAAGAUGAAGCGAACUGA